CACUUCCUUCCUCCGAGCAUACAAACGGCCAUCUUUAAUCGCAACUCGACAACACCAACAACAACAAAAAAAAAACAAAAUAUACAAAAAAAGUUCUCUUCUCGCAUGGAAUCGCGGCGGAGCGGCUCGUUUGGCGGCACCGUGAACGUGGAGUGAGGUUACUACGCUCCGGACACGAACCUCCCUCACCCCCACCCGCCCCCCCCACGAACUGAACCGAACCGCCGGACCGAAGCGGGGCUGUCGCGAUAACUCCACAAUAACGAAGAAUGAGGAAGAAGCAGACGGCCAAGCAGAGGAAGACCGAAGACUCUUCCGCCGUUGCGCAGGAGUAUGUGGUGGAGAAGAUCACUCGGCGUAGGAUCUUCAAUGGAAGAGUGGAGUACUUCCUCAAAUGGAAAGGCUUCACAGAUGCCGACAACACAUGGGAGCCCGAGGACAACCUGGACUGUCCCGAACUGAUUGAGGAGUAUCUGAGAAAUCGCCUCUCGCCCGAGAAUGAGGAAGGAGAGCAGCAGUUUGUCCCUAAAGAAGAAAUGACAGAGGAGACGGAAAUUUCGCCGCCCCAGCUCCACCACACCCAACGGCGCGGUGACGAUCCCGACUCGCCCGCCGUCCGCUUGGGCGCUCGCCCCGAGCUCGAAUGCAUCAUCGGCUCCACGGACAGGCGGGGGGAGCUCGUGUUUUUGGUCAAAUGGAAGGACUCCGGCGACGUGGCCCUGCUGCCGGCCCACGAGGCGAGCGCCAGGUGCCCACAGGCCGUCAUCGACUUCUACGAGCAGAAGUUGACGUGGCACUGCGGGGACGACGAGCAGUGACUCGCGCGGUCGAGGUGAGGAGGAAGUUUUUUUUUUUUUUUUUAGUUUUACCUCUCUGGAGCGGCGUCGCUCAGCCGACCUCAAGCACAUACUGGUGGGCGCGCCCGCCUGGCGAUAGACACUACGCGCUGCCUUUUUUGCAGCUGUAGCCUCUUCUUGUGUUAUUAUGUAGCACACCCAAUCACUGUGGACUGUUUUCAUUUUCAUGGUAGUAAGUUCAUAUUUCUGCUCCUUUGUUUUCAUUUUUUUUUGGGUGGUUGUUGUAGAACAUUGCACUAAACCUUUAGUCAGGGGCACAAGAAGUAAAUGUAUGUGACUCGAGAAGUAGCGGCAAAGUAAACGUAAAUCAUGUCAAAGGCAACGUGCUGUGCAUUUCAUGUUUUUCGAAUGGCAAAGUACUUUUUCUUAUCUUUCAUAAUUUCCUCUCCAAUUAUGUGAAUUGUCUUGAAGCAGUAUCAAGAAAACGAAGUACUCUACUUCAGUGGUUCUCAAUUUUUUUUCAACAAGGUACAGUGAAUACUUGGUUCUCGAACAAACCGGUUUUCGAAUGAAAAUUUUGAGAUUUUUUUUUAGCCGUUUUCGAAUGAAAAUCGGGACUGGAACGCCUGCGACAAAACCCAGAAAUAACGUAACGCGCGCGCGGCCCGAUCAGCUGACCCACGACGCGCUUUAUUGUAAAUUUGAACGCAUCGUGAAAAAAAACGGAAAUAACAUAAAGCGUGCACCCCGACCGGCUGAUUCAUGACGCGCGUUAUUGUGUAUCAACGUGGGAAAUAUCGAUCCGGUUUUCAAACAAAUCAGUUCUCGAACCGCCUUCUAGAAUGCAUUGUGGUCGAGAACCGAGGUUGUACUGUACCUCAAAAAAUAGCUCAAGUACAACACUGACGGCCGGCGUUAAAAUAUGGUCGCGUAGUACAGCAAAUUUAUUUAAAUCAUUCCUAAAAGGUUUUUCAGAUUAAUGUAAGCCACUGAAAUAUUUUGCACAUUUGAAAGGAAAAUAAAAUGCUUAAAUAAUGAUUCCGUUUUACUGCAGUGGACAUAAUUAAAAAUAAAUGGUGGAAAACAAACAUUUCUAACAGAUUAAAUAAAAAUGUGCUGUUCUCUUAAAAAAAAACAUCGAAUUCAGUGAUUCUUUUGCGUACCAUUAGAGGCCACAACUGGAACUAGCGCCACAGUUUGAGAACCACUGCACUACUGAUUUUAGUCUUUGAGGAACCACAAGAUGUCCACUGGGGGGUUGGGGGGGGGGGGCACAUGAAUGCAGAAUUUACUUUCUGGCUCAUCUCUAACUUGCAUGAUCCCGCUUAAUUCAACUGUAGCAUGGGAACAACAUUGCAUCACGUUAAAAAUGCUAUUUGAUUGAUUAAAAAAAAAAAUUCAAGGUUUUUGUCAAUCUUCCACAAAGCCAAUCAAGGAAAUGUAGUUAAAUGGCCAUUCCGGGUAUUCAUAUGAAAAUUUGGCCAAGGAUGCAUAUGCACUCCACCCCCGAUUUUGGGUUCAUCUCCACAUAUAUUUUUUUAUUGAAACAUUAUUGUGCCCCUGACUCCAAAUGUUUUUUUUUGUGUGUUAAUGUGAAAAUCUACUUUCAUUAUUAUCUGUUGUGAUGCUCAUUUUCAAAUGUAAUAAUAGCUUUCCAAAACAACAAAAAAAAUGUAGCAGAGUAGAGAUUUAGGGCAAUGAAACCACUUUGUGUGUGUGUGUGGGGGGGGGGUUAAAUGCAAACUACUUAAGUGAACGUACUUGAUUACUUCUUUCAUUUCCUGUCUUGCCGUGUCUUUGUAAAACAUAUUUCGUGGCCGAUGUCUGAUUCAUACUUGUCGCCUGGCGCGUUUCCAAUGAGCUGCUUUGUACCAAAUUUUCUUUUAAUUUUUUUUUGAGAUUGACUUCAUUUCAUCCAAACUGGUGCUGUUCACCACAGAAAUUAGCAAAAAAAACAAACAAAACAAAAAAGUCGCCUUACUGCCCUUAAUGAGUUGUGUACAAUUUUUGCACACUCCAAAGAAAAAAAAAAUAAAUUCAAAUGUAGCACUUUAGAUGAACAACGGGAUGUCAUCGGUCAGUUCCUCCUCCUCACGUGCAACAAGACGCAUCCUGUUGCGGCGCGCUGGACUCAACCUCACAACUCCUCGUAAAACGCACACCUCCUCUACUACCGAGCGGCGGUUCCUGUGCGGGUGUGUCGAGACUGUAGAUCUGUGACGUGGCUGCGAAUAAAAGAAUCAUCAUGUGACCUUUA